AUGUUUGUUCGAAACGCUGUCGAUGCAGAUGGAUUUAAGAUCAAUACGCAGCCGGGACAGAAGAGCACUGCUGAGGUGGCCAAGCUCGACGCCCAGGAUUUCAAGGACCUCGGUCUGAAGGUCGGUGAGCAAUCGGGCGCAAAGGAUGCCUUUGUUCCCUGGAAGUUCCUGCUGCGCUAUGGCGAGCUCUACGUUGGCAAGGCCAACACCCCUGUGGUCGAGCCGCACUUUCAACCUGAGCAUCUGCUUGCCGGCCAGAAUUGGGACCUCUUUUACUUGUACAACCCCGAGGACCUUGACGAGGAUCCGAUCUUGUUCGUCUUGACCGCCCAGCUCGAUGCCUAUCUGCGUCUCCUCAACAAGAAACACAAGCUAGCCCUCAAAAUCCCUGACGGCGGCAACGAUGCCAAGUUUUUCUACCGUUUCGGUAGACUGUCAACUCCCAAGCCUCGCUACCUGGGUCGGACGACCUGCGUCCAGUCUUAUAGGAAGCUCACCAGCAUUAUGCCCCUGCCUGAUCCCGAGGACGAUCUGGAAAUGGUCCCUGAGAUCCAGCGAGACGAGUUUGCGGCCAUGAUCAAGCAAGUCAAGGAGAGCUGGGUUGGUGGCAAGGGCAAGGGCAAGGGAAGAAGCAAGCAGAACGCGAUGAAGCGACACAAUACCCAUAAAGGCUGGGGUCACGCUACAAAACGCGUGCAGCGAUUCCUGGGCCUGCGCCAGAAGAUUACGUCUGUAAACCCGGCCAACGAGCUCGUUCUCGAUGUCAACACUCCCGCUCCGUACACCCCCGAGGAUGAUGUGGUCUUCAUCUGUGUCGACAUCGAGACCUAUGAGAGAAUUCCCAAAUUAGUGACUGAGGUCGGCUUUGCCAUCCUGGAUACCCGCGAUAUCCGUGGCGUUGCACCUGGCAAGGGUGCUGAGAACUGGUUCCCGCUGAUCCAGGGCCGUCACCUGCGCAUCAAGGAGUACAAGCAGUACAGAAACCGAACUUAUGUCCGAGGUUGUCCCGAGCACUUCCAGUACGGCGUGUCUGAGUUUGUGGGCAUCGACGGCAUCGAGAAGACCUGCGUAGAGAUCCUAACACCCAAGGACCCCGCCACGGGCAAGCCUCGCAAUGUGAUCUUGGUUGGCCAUGACAUCCACCAGGAUACGGAGCUCCUCUUCGUUAUCGAUGUUGACGUGCACGAGCUAGUCGGUCUCAAGGAGAUUGUGGACAAUCAGAAACUGCAACAGCACUGGGCAAAGCUGCCCAACCCCCAGAGCCUUUCCAACGUCUUGAGCGGUCUCGAGAUUCCGCACGCCUUCCUGCACAACGCAGGUAAUGACAGCGUGCUGACUCUUCAGUCUCUCUUGGCCCUUGCAGUUCUCAAGCGUCAGGAGAGCCUGGCGCGAGAACCUGGAUCCGAGAAGGAGUGA